CCGAGCGUGAACUUGUGCACAAGAAUUUGACAGUUGACGAACAAAUUGUAAAUAAAGUGGUUUAAAUCGGCCACACUAGGGUUACUUCGAUACAAACAAACCCAAGGUUGGUAUUACUGUCGACGGAAGCGGCGCGAGAUUCAAACCAAAAUGGACCCGAAAGACAAUCACGAAAGUAUCGAGCAACUAACACGAAUGAAAAUCGCCUGCUCACGCAUUUUCCAAAACCAGAAAGACGUGGAGAGUGUGAAAGAGCUGCAAAAUUUGAUCAGAAGUGCGCGACCUACGAUUGUGAAAACUUUGGAACCGCUUAUUUUUUCAGUUUUCUUUCCAGUGUUAAAAAGUAUCUCUGAACCCAAUUCAAGCUUUAAAGAAAAAGACAAACAGCAAGUAGUUGACACUUUCAAAGUGUUUUUUGAAAAAAUCAGCAUUGAAAAGCUUCCAUUAUUUUUUAACAUUUAUGGCUUCCUUUUGUUUGAAAUUUACGACCACUUAAACCACUCUGUGUUAAAAAUUAGUGAAGAAUACAAAUUGAGUAUUGUGGAAUGUAUGACAGCGCUUGCAAAAUGUUUAAAGUCGUCUUUAAUCGCAGAAUUGUAUGUUAAAGAAAAUGCACCCAAGUUGUGUCAGAUGAUUUACGUUGUGCUAGAAGUGGCUAAAAAUGAACAAUUUAGAGCUUUAAGAAUCGCUGCCAUAAACUGCAUUAUGGCAAUCGCGCACGUUCUCGACGACCACGACUUCAGCGACUUAGUAAUGCGGGACCAAAUUGCCGAAGUCUUUCUGUUUUUCCUUCCAGGAGUGGCAAGCCAGUUAAAAUCGAUUGCACUAAUUGACGAAAAGUACGGACACAAAGUUCCAAGCGUGGCUCUUAAAGCAUGGGGCCGCAUCGUCACUCUAUUAAUGCAAGAUUACAACGCCUGUGACCGCAAAAUCCACCUAAAUCAACCAACGACGAACCCCAAACUUGUCAAAACCCGCUGGAAGGACGAAAACGAGUUGAAACAAUACAUAAAAAACACGCAGAGGUCGCCUGAAUGGUACAAAGAAACCGAUAAAAAGUUGCAGCAGAUUAUUGUCGAGUUUGCUAAACUCACGCACCAUUCGCACCCCAAUGUGCGCAUGGAGCUUGUAAAUAUGGCGUCGUUGCUUCUCGAGAAUUGCGUACACACUAUGCCCACGUCAAUCAGUCAUGUUAUCGAUAUAAUCAUUAUUUUAUCAGAAGACUGUGAUUCUUUCGUCUCUCAAAAAAGUAAAUCCGUUUUGGAUGACUUGUCGCAAAAGCUUGUAACGAACGAGUAUAAAGCGCUACUGGAUAAUUUAGAAGAGAGUUUUUACGGGGUGGUGACGAGUAUGCCGCGGAAAUUUAACGGGAUUGAUGAAAGGGUUCAAAUUGUGGCUUUAAAUUCCUUGAUUGGUUAUGUCGAUCUUUUUGGGAAACAUUGUUUAACACGAAUUUUACACUCCACGGUUCAUUUGAACCGGCUCGUUUUGACUUUGAUUCAUGUGUGUGAGUUUAACAGGAGCGAUGUGAGCACUCUGGAGGAAUAUACGACGACAGAUUAUGACCUCAACCAAGAUUUGCACACGUCUUGGAAGAAAUUCCGCCAUUUUAAGGAUGUCGUAGUUCUUAAAAAAAUUGAAACGGUUUGUCGUUUGUUAGCUAAAUACGGAGCGACUCCAAUAGUGACUGAUUUUCUGUUAGAUAUAAUAAUUUCAGAGCCUGAGCAACGAAAAGAGGCAAUUUUUCUGUUAAAUGAAGUGGUAGCAGGUAUUGAACUGAACGAUGAUCAUAAUUUCAACAUUGUUAAAAACGUGGUAUCAACCUACGUUGAUAGUACCCACUGGUACCUGCCUCUUUCAGUCAUGAUAGACGAAUAUGGAUAUGAACACACCCUAGGUGACGUUCAAACUAACAUUAUCCAAGUUUGCCUUCUGGUUGAAGGAAUUGGAAAAGUAGCUUCCAUUCUAAACACCAAUUUUAAGCAGUUUUUGUUAAAGACGUUGUAUUUGGUUUUGGAACGAGCGGGCAGCGCCCACCCACUUGUACGAUCCGCGGGACUGUUAGCCCUUUCCGACAUUAGUAAAGCGUGUGGUUGUCACACCAUAACAGAACUUAUUAAUAACAACAUAGACUAUUUUUCCUUUCACAUUGAAAGAAAACUUAACCGUGGGAAAGAAAAUGCAGGAGGGUUAGACGUUCUAGCGGUUGUCAUCCAAUACAGUACCAAAGAAGUACUAAAUUCCACUUGCGACGUUGUUAAAGAGCUACUUUUGCGCACGUACGACAACAGAAGUAACCUCAAUUCGUAUCUACACGUUUUUAAAAUGUUCGUGUGUGGUCUUCACAAGUGGCUACGUAUUGAAACGGUUGACGCACCUUUCAAAACGAAAAAACAAAAACAGGAAGAGUUUGAAGACUUUCGAGUUUCAAAUAUUGAACCCAUUGAGGAUUUUUCGGACGGUGUUAUGGGUAAGAGCGCCGAGGAAAUGUACAAAGAAGAUAUGGAGAAGAGUAGAAGUCAAAUUGAACAAGAGUGUAACGAACCGGUAGAAGAAUACAAGAAACCGGAGCCUCCCACGCAUAUUAAAUUAACUGUAGCCAUCUUGAGUCGCACUCUGCAUUACCUACCAUCGAAAAACCAAACUCGGAAGUUGCUAGUUUUGGAAAUUUUGAAAAACGGUCUCCCUGUGUUGAAAGAAUGGGAAGAUGAGCUUUUACCGAUUGUUCACCAAAUAUGGUCGCCUUUAGUGGACAGGUUUAAGGAAGGUGAAGACGCUGUGAUAGUUAACUACAGUUUUCGGUUGCUUGUGGUUUUGGCAAAACUUUCCAAGGAAUUUAUUAGAUCACGAACCGCCAAGGAAGUUUUGCCUAAUGUUUUAACUAUUCUUGAUAAACUGGCCAAAGAAAGUUACUUAAAAGACAAAGGAUCUGCGUACAGGUAUAGCCAAAAUUAUAAGCUGCAGUGCACAAUUUUGGAAAAUUUGGCCCCAAUUGUCACCGAUUUGGAUAUGUUGCAGCAGGAUUUUGAUAAGACGAUGGAGACGGUGUUUAAGUAUGUCAGUGAUAAACAGCCCAUUCCGUUGCAGAAAUCCGCUCUAGUGUGUUUUGAGACGUUGGUGAAAUACGACCCAAAAUCGGCGGCGGAAAAAAUAAACUCUUUGGUAGAAGAUGCCCCUACAGAGUUUGAAAAAAACGUGGCGGUGAUGAAAAGUAAUCAACUUAAAUCCCCCACUUUUCUUCUACAAUCCCUUUAAAUACGGCUAAAGUUGAACAUCAAUGUUACUAUUAUCAACGGCAACUUGGCAACGGAGUGGGAACAGCAA